GUCUCGAGGCGUGCGGAACAGGUUGGGGAACGCAGAGCAUCACAAAACUAUAGUUUUCUGGCGUUGGCACGGGAUUGGGACUUGAGUCAAGUCUAGUACUACCCCGUCCCCAUUGCUUGAAACUCGAUCCCGCAUACAAGAUCCACACGUUGGGUUUGGCUGAUCUUCACCAACACGAGAGCUCCGAUCCCCUGGCUCACUGAACGGUGUGCCGGGGGCGAACAUCUUACAUGUACGGGGGUGUCAGUUCAUUCAACACGGUACUUCACACAGACCGGUUUGGUGUUAAUCAAACCGUCCCUGCGUGGUGAUAGAUAUAUUUUGACGGGAAACUUUGAUACUUCUUCUUCCUUACUACCGGUAGUACUGCUUCAUAAGUGAAGAUUACCGCACUACUUGUUGCCAAUCCUGCGAUAUAUGAGGUAUAUCUAUCUAUCUUUCAAUAAGUACAUCCCGCCAGAUUGUUGUGGUUGUGCAAAUGUGCUUAGGGAUAAACCUUGUCAACGCUAUUUCCUGAACUGUGAGCUUUGUUUCAUCUUUCAAUAAGCACAUCACUCCAGAGGAGUAUUGGCGUACUUGGGUGCAAAUGUGCUUGAUGUGGAAGUAAACCUUUCCAACGCUAUUUCGGACUGUUUUGUUUCAUCAAGUGGCUAUGAAUGGGUGUGAUGCUGCAAGGAAUGUCGGCAAACAAGACAUGGACUAUCGUGUGGAUAACACUACCAGAAACGGGGAAUUAACAGCAUCUGAUUUGGCCAAUCAACUCCUCGAGGAACGAGCCUUACACCGUUGCAGUUGCGAAUCGGCAAAGACAGAAACCCCGUAUCGGAGUUCGCUGUCCACCACCGAUGGAGACGUCUCGCUGAUGGGUGAAGUGCGACCCGGGGACGGCAUGGGUGGGCGGACCAGACACGAGCCUGAGGAAACGUCCACGGAGUCUGGGGAGACAGCUGAGUUGAGUCCGCACUACCACGUGAAAUGCUCCUUCAGUGACACAGUGGUGACCUUCGUACAGGAACCAAUGUCCAAUGGCAAGGGAAGCUUCCUCGCCCUGCCGAUCUCAAAAUGUUGGAGGACGGUUCACAAGGAAGAUAAACCAGCAGGAAGGUGCAUUGCCAGGGCAAUUGUUGUCAUGGUAACACUUCUUCUAGUUGGGGUUGGAUGCUUUCUUGCUGGCUAUUUCACAGUUAAAUCCCCAACUGAGGAAUCCGAAGUAUCUAGAAGUCAGAGAGGUCCAGUAAGAAUAGAGGUGGAAUCCGCACUACGUCAGCAUUACGUCAACUCAUACAGCGAUCGGAGGUCCCAAACGUAUCGUGCUUUUUCAAACAAUUUUACAAAAGCGAUAGACAAGGUUUUUGUGUCGACUGCGUUGAACAGCACGUACUCACAUUGUGUGGUAGACAAGUUGAGGCGUGGGAGUAUCAUUGUCGAGUUCACCAUCCAGCUGCACGGUCCCCCGACGUCUCACGUAAACCAUUACAACAACUCACCGCAGGAUAUUAAAACAAGCACCAAAGAGACUAUUGAAGCCAUUUUGAGAGGAGCAGCGAGGUCUGGGCAGCUAGCUUCACUAAAUGUGGACAGCCAGUCAAUAAGGGUCACCAGAGUUUUUAUUGGCUUGCCAUCUCAAGAGUCUACUAUAGCACCACAAACAAGUCCUGCAGCAGAGUGGCCAUCGAUACUUAAAAUCGAACAAGGGUUCAUAAAUCAGCGCGGAUGCGGCAUCCGAACCAAGUCGUCCCUCCAGGCGCGCAUCAUUGGUGGGAAUGCUGCGGAGCAGGGGAACUGGCCCUGGCUUGGAUCCAUGCAGUACCGACUGGGGUCAGAGUUGGCUCACAGGUGUGCUGCGUCGAUACUUAACCCAGAGUGGGCCAUCACUGCUGCACACUGUGUAGAUGGGGGACUUGGUUACAUCUUAGAUCAUGUGAUCUUCGGUGACAAUGAUCUUCAUGGGAACUCACCGUCCAGGCAGAAGGUGUACAUCGAGCGCAUCCACGUCUACCCCGGAUACGUGACCGGUAAGCACGACCACGACGUAGCGCUGCUCAAGUUCACACCUCGCGUGAGAUUUGACGAGAACGUGUCGCCGGUGUGCGUGGAGACCGAGCCGUUUGAGGUUGAGCGAUAUGACGUGUGCUUCAUUGCAGGCUGGGGUAACACUCAGGAAUAUGGUAACAUUUCAGCAGUGUUGCAGGAAGUUAGAAUACCUCUAGUUGAUGGCGAUGUGUGUGUCGGACAGUACCGGGAACACAUAUCAGUUAGUUUCACUGUUAUCACCAAUAAUAUGAUAUGUGCUGGGAAAGACACUGGUGGAGCAGACUCAUGUCAGAGUGACAGUGGAGGUUCCUUGUCGUGCCAAGGGGAUGACGGAUCAUGGCGGGUUGUAGGACUGACAAGUUUUGGCUUCGGCUGCGGACGGCCGGAUUUCUCUGGUGUCUACACCAGGGUGUCCAGAUAUUGGGAUUAUAUAUCGUCAGCCGUUAAAGAAGAGCCCACCACACACUGCGAGGAGCUCGUAGAACCAACAUGUCAAAAGCACCUCCCAUACACAAGCAUCUACCCGGUCUCCCAAACCGACGUGUCUCUGUUCCUCACCAUUCUCCCGAACACCUCCUACCCGAUGGAGAUUAACAGGCUCCCAAACACCUCCGCAAACCCCAUGGGGUCUAACAGCUCAGUCCUUAUUACUGAAGAGGAUGUAGAGACGUUGAUGUGCUUGACGAUGUUUCCGAGCUGCGAGGCCGGUGGUCGGGAGCCGUCCGUCGUGCCGUGUCGUGAGUUCUGCAUGGAGGCCGGGAGCGGCUAUUUGAAAGGGUCGUUCUUGCCGUUUGCGGUUUCAGCAAACUGCGCGAGGUAUCCAACUGGAGCCACGAGUAACGACAUGUUCUGUAGAAAAGGUGUUAACCCAGCUUGCGGUAUCACCCACCUCUAUCCGACAUUCUCGAACCACACCGUCAUUAACUCACCACCACUGCCUGGUGGGUACUCUGAACCCUCCAAUGGCUGCACAUGGACGAUCACCGGGCCGCUGCACACGUCCCUCGUCAUCAAGUUUACUCGCUUCAAGUUCCCCACGUCCGGUUUAGGGAAGAUUAUUGUCAUUGGAAGCGGGUCUGAUGCGGGAAAUAGGAGCAGUAUUCUACAUAAGCAGUUUGAUUCAGUCAUCCCUGGUCCCCUCACCAUAGCUUCUAAUGAGGCAUGGAUUCUGUUUGCCAGUAUGCCUGAUCUACUGGAGGAAGAGCCCACAGAAUCCUAUUUCACCAUCGAAACGCAUACAGUGAAAACACACACACAAUUAGGUGACCUUUGCCAGAGUGGUGUUGAUAGCUGUAACUUAAAUGAUGCAUGUUUCCCCUCUUGGUGGCGCUGUGAUGGAGUAAGGGACUGCGGUGGUGGCGAAGAUGAGACAAACUGCACAAGCAGCAACAUCAUUUGAGUAAGGAAGAACUUGUUAUUUAUGAAAACCUGUGAAAAGUGACUGUUAAUACAUAUACACAAUGCGCAGGGCACAAACACGCGCAUCUUCUGUCCGCCAUUUUGGGUGUGGAAACAUGCACAAAAGGAUUUGAAUCCCCAAAAAGGCAGAAAUGGUGGAUGCCCUUUGUUUGGAGGUGUGUAAAAGCAUCCUUCUGUGCCCGUUUUGACACCCAAAAUGGCUGACAUGAGACGCACAUGUGCGCUGCGCAUUGUGCAUAGAGUCUAUACAUGUUGAUUAACCCUCCCCAGUAACAUUUUUGCCCGUGAGUCGCCCUUCAAAAGAUUCCAAGCCGUUGGGUUUUGUCGGGUGGAGCAACUGUCGUAGAAUCAUCUGUGUACUAUGUAAAUGAAAUAUCACAAUAAUCAGAGGGAGGACUAGUGUGGUGUCAAUAUGCAGAGACAGGUAUGUGAAAUGGAGAAAAUUUGAUAUUCGUUUUAACCGCCAAGUGGAACUGUGGGAAAGAAUCUCUGUGUUAUGGAAAGGUUUGCGGUAACACCAUGUAAUGACUAUCUCUAUAAUGAGUUGGGGUGGUUCUGAAAAGAACUGUUGGUUUAACUCGACGUUUUGAUCAGUAUGCUCUGAUUGUCCCAUGGAGAAAGCCAGAAGACGAUCAGUCGAGUUAAACCAAGGGUUCUUUUCUGAACCACCCCAACUCAUUUAGACAUAGUCAUUACAUGGUGUUACCGCAAACUUUUCCAUAUCGUAUAUCCACCAUGCAAAGUAUCAAAUCCUACUUAAGAAUCUCUGUGGUUCUCACUCGAUUGUUAUUACAAAGGAAAAACGAUAUGGUUAAGGGCUCAAAUUUUACACUGGACCACAGACCACUUAAUUGAAUAUUACCUCUCUGAUGUUCAAAUGUUGACUUUGAUAGAUUCUUUCCAGUGUCAAACUACACUCCAUAAAACUGAGAUCAACCUUCCCUUAAAGGUACUGGACACAUUUGGUUAUUGUCAAAGACCAGUAGUCUCACUUGGUGUAUUCCAACAUUUUUUAUAA